UCUCUCUCUCUCUCUCUAUAUUUCUCUCUACCAUUCCUCUCCGGUUAACGCUCUUUGUUCUAGCUCUCUGGAUCGCCAUUAACGAUUCCUGUUCAAGCUUUCUUACUAUCUAUUUGAUUUAUUAGUAUCAGAGAUGUUGGUUUCUAGGUUCAUGUCUCGGUUUUCAAGGAACAGCUUGAAACACUGCCGAAGAAGCCUUGUCUGUUGUCAACAAGGACAGCUACCGUUUCUCUCCGAUUCUUGUAAUUCUAUUCCUUCUACUGAUAGGGUUUGGGGUUACCGAGAAACUGUUUGUUCGGGUUUACGUGGCAUCCAUGGCAUCAGGUAUCAAGUUCAUCAUGAGAGGAACUCUAUUAUUGAGGAACAGAUGGAUCCAUUUUCCCUUGUUGCAGAUGAACUGUCGAUUCUUGCUAAUAGGUUGCGGGAAAUGGUGGUCGCAGAGGUCCCUAAGCUUGCCUCAGCUGCUGAGUACUUCUUUAAAAUGGGAGUGGAAGGGAAGAGAUUCCGUCCCGCGGUUCUAUUAUUGAUGGCAACGGCACUGAAUAUGGCCAUUCCAAGAUCAGCUUCAGAUGGUGUUAUUGAUACCUUAUCAGAUGAACUUCGUAAAAGACAACAGUGUGUCGCUGAGAUAACUGAGAUGAUACAUGUGGCAAGCCUUCUCCAUGAUGAUGUCUUGGAUGAUGCAGAAACAAGGCGUGGUAUUGGUUCGUUAAAUGUUGUGAUGGGAAAUAAGCUAUCAGUGUUAGCUGGUGAUUUUCUGCUUUCUAGAGCUUGUGUGGCACUUGCUUCACUGAAAAACACAGAGGUUGUGACAUUACUGGCAACAGUUGUGGAACAUCUUGUUACGGGGGAAACCAUGCAAAUGACUACUACCUCUGAGCAACGUUGUAGCAUGAAAUAUUAUUUGCAAAAGACAUACUACAAGACAGCAUCAUUAAUUUCGAACAGCUGCAAGGCGAUUGCUCUUCUUGCUGGGCAAACGACAGAAGUUUCAAUGUUGGCUUAUGACUAUGGCCGAAAUCUGGGAUUGGCGUAUCAGUUGGUGGAUGAUGUUCUUGAUUUCACGGGCACAUCUGCUUCGCUUGGAAAGGGUUCUUUAUCUGAUAUUCGCCAUGGAAUUGUAACUGCUCCAAUAUUGUUUGCAAUUGAAGAGUUCCCUCAACUGCGGGCUGUCGUUGAUCGGGGUUUUGAAAACCCUGCAGAUGUUGACCUUGCACUUGACUAUCUUGGGAAGAGCCGUGGAAUACAGAGAACGAGAGAACUAGCUACUGAGCAUGCUAACCGUGCUGCAGAAGCAAUUGAUUCUCUUCCUGAGAGUGAUGAUGAGGAUGUAAAAAGAUCUAGGCGGGCGCUUGUGGAUCUAACACAAAUAGUCCUAACUAGAACAAAGUGAAGACAACAUUCUUGGUAAAGUUAAGUAUUAUGUGAAUCUAAAAUCAUUUUUUCCCCAUAAAUGUUCCGAAGGGCCAUCCGAGUUCUCUCAAUGUCUUCAGCGAUCUAUUAUUUUUUUCGCGUUUUUUUUCCUUCAAUUUGUAUUUUUCAUAAGUUAAACUUUCUUGUGGUCGGUCCAGCCCAUGGAAGCUCCACUGAUCAUUUAAUCUGCCACAUGGAAAGAUGAUUUGGCAAAUCCAUCCGUGGAAUGGCCACCUGACAAUUUUCACAGCAAAACUCAAAAUCAUUUACACGCAUGUAUUGGCAUUUUCCCUUGUAUCUGUAAACAUCCAUUUGUUUUUAAAUGUAAUGAAUCUUCAAAGCU